AUGGAGAAGCAAGGAACCCAAACGGAGGGUGAGGAAAAAGUUCUUGAUGACUUUAAGGAAUGGGUCCAAGUUCACAUCAAGAAGGUUCGAUUGUUGGGAGCUAAAUGUGCCAAGUGUGAAAUGGAUUUUGAAAAGUUGGGUCUUGCUUUUUUCAUUCUCGCUCAUGUCCAUCACAUCAAAACCGAUGGUGCUGAUCAGAGACGCAGUGCAACACACAUUCUCGAGCUUGAGGAUAGAGACGAAAUUGCUGCACAUGUGAAUGAAUAUACUCUUGCACUGGAAGGAAAGCAGUCACUCGAAUUGUAUCAAUGUUUGUGUGCUUUCUGUCAUCAAAUGGUACACAUGGAAAAGAAUGCGAGAUUGGUUUUGAGCAAGGAAGAGCACACCGAAGAUAGGGAGAAGGUGGAAGAAAUGUUCAAUUUACAAUCAAGAUUCCAUUUGAUCCCAGAAAUUAAGAGAAGACUCUUUGGUGGCCGUGAUGAUGAAAAGUAA